AGGAGAAUCCGGAGCGGGGGAAGCGGACGCUUGCGCAGAGGGGGAGUGACCGCGCGUUCCCCGCCCCGUCUCUGAAAGCCGCGCCAGCGCAGUUCCGAAAAGAUCCCGCAGAGCCAGCGCCUGCGCGGUCGUGGCCGAGGAAACUGUGGCGGUAGCGGCGAUGGAACCAGCCGAGCCGCUGAACGACUUAGUGUCAGCCGAGGGCCGAAACCGGAAGGCGGUGCUGUGCCAACGCUGUGGCUCCCGGGUGCUGCAGCCAGGGACCGCUCUCUUCUCCCGCCGACAGCUUUUCCUUCCCUCCAUGAGAAAGAAGCCAGCUCUGGCUGAUGGCAGCAAUCCUGAUGGCGAUCUCCUCCAGGAGCACUGGCUGGUUGAUGACAUGUUCAUCUUUGAGAACGUGGGCUUCACCAAGGACGUGGGCAACAUCAAGUUUCUGGUGUGCGCCGACUGUGAAAUCGGACCAAUUGGCUGGCAUUGCCUAGAUGACAAGAACAGUUUCUAUGUGGCCUUGGAACGGGUUUCCCAUGAGUAACUGAGGGGAGGGGGACGCAGCUCCACCCCCAACUAUAAAAGCUACUCCCCUCAAGAACUGGCCUUUAACCUGGUGUAACCGCUCUGCGGCCACCUUCUCUGUACUAAUGUAAAUGAUGAGUAUCGACAUGUCCGGUUGAACAUGCAUAGGGCUAAUCCCGUUUUCUUAAAGCCUCGAGUGCAUGCCUCUUAACGUAGCUCACUUUGCGUCGCCACAUCUCCUAAUCUCCCUUUUCCCCCAGUUGCAGGACACUGGAACAAGUCUACAAAUCUGCUCUCAUCCCUGGCACCCUGCCUGGGCUCUCUGGCCCUGGGCUCCCUUGUUUCUUGCUCUGUAGGAGCAGCAUUCAGCCUUUCAGCCAAGAUGACGCAUGACAGCUGACGCUCGUGCUAAUAGUGCAAACUCCACCUUUUUGUCUCAUUCAAGAAAGCAUACAAGUGUCUGAGAGUGACUUUGUUGUAUGACUAACUUUAUCUACAGUCAUCUAUUCUUUUUAAAAGUAUAGCAUUUACAGACUUCGGUAUUUAAACUACUAAUAAGAAACACGUUACUUCGGACACACCUGUAAUACCAGGUUUGAGAGCCGAGCCUCUAGGUUUAUAGUGACUUUUUAUUGUGAAGAUGAAUAUAUCCCCUUUUCCCUUCAAAUCUUGCUGUGGUUUCUCUUUACAUUAGAAGUAAGUUGAAAUUCAGAUUUUCAGCCCUAUCUGGCAGCCACCCC